ACCCACUUGAUGACCUCCUGCUCACUCCGCGGGUUAGUCCGUCCGCGAGGCGUCGUGUGUGGGUUAUAUUUGGGCAUUUUGGCAUUUCCCGAAUUUACAGCCAUAAACACGCAGCUGGGUCUAAGAUAUUAAGAAAAAAAUAAAAAAUAAACGUUAAAAAAAAAGUUUAUUUUGAUAUGCCCAUUCCUCAAUCUAUGGAUCUCCAGUCCACAAGAUCGACUUCUUCAGACGAAAAUCGCCGAUGAGCUGGACAUCUGAGUUUAAAAAUCGCUCAAUUAAAAAAACGAAAGAUAAAUAAAUAAAUAAAAACCCAAAUUAUAUAACGUAAAGAAAACUAAUUAUUUAGCAUCGUAGAAACUUGGAAGAAAAAAAAAAUGAAGGAAAAGGUCGUGGUAUCCUUGUUGCUUAUUCUGGCCGCCGCCGCAAGCUCUGGAACGCCUCUGCUGGAAGAGGACCCCCUCCUGGAGACGUCAGAACCUGUCCACAAGUCCAUCGUGUCCCGUCACAAGUUGGAGGAGGACCCUAACCUGGGCUGUCCCGAGGAGUGCGCCUGCGAAGGCGCCCCAAUGAAAGCCGCCUCUUUCGUCCUGACCUGGAUGACCUCUUGGGGCGAGGAUGACCUUCCACAGUUGCAUCCCAAUGACGUAAUGGAAUCAGGAGACUUCGUCGUCUCAAGCACGGCCGCUGAUGCAGAUUUAGACGUGGAGGUCAGGGGAUUACACGCAACCUGCGCCCUGAUGCUGGAGACGAAUCUGACUCAGAUGAUAAGUGCGUUGCCACCACGUACGAUGGUACUCAGUCUCUUGCAAGCAGCAACGAGCGAACUAACGGUCAUCGAGAGUGGACAUCUUGCCCCCCUGAAAGAACUCAGGGCUCUCCAUAUUCAGGGAUAUGCAAGGAAAGAGGCUGUUCAGAUAUCUGGUUACUUCCCCAACCGUGUCGUGGACAUGGUUGAGCAGAAAGAAGAGCAUAAGAAACUGAAAGAAGAAGAUCAGGAUCUCAAACUGGCCCUCUCCGAAGACGCGCUGACGUCUCUCGUCAACCUCCAGCUCUUAGACUUGCAGUACGUUCGUCUCGUGGCCGCUCUGGAGGGAGGGAGGUUGAGGAGGCAGACUCACCCGGUGUCUUCGAAGACUCUGCUGGAUUUGCCGAUUCAGGAGUUCCUGUCUCUCACCGACCAAAUCCGAGACCUCAAUCUCCCCCCGGAGAUUAUGUCAAAGAUACCAACUUUGCCGCCGGCCAGCGAGCUACAGUCGGAAAUCGAGAUGAUUCUCUUGGAAGAGCAGCAGAAGGAGAACAUCGUGCCUUACGAUGUGUUCAAGUCGGAAUCAGACACUAUACUGGCGCCUUUCAUAUCUCAGCCGCAGCUGAAAUACCUUCGUGUGGCUCAUGCCAAGUUGGACCGCGUUGGACAGGAGCUCCUAACAGGACUGACAAAGUUGCACACUCUCACUCUGGAACACAACCACAUCAAAGUCCUGCCUGCGGCGAUGUUUGCCCCAACUCCAAACCUGAGACAUCUCUCUCUAGCUCACAACAACAUCUUGGAACUUGAAGGAAACACUUUCACAGGAUUAGACAAGUUACUGACCCUAGAUCUAGAUCACAAUAAACUUGAUAGACUGGGCCCAGCCAGCUUCCCAAGUCUGCCUAGCCUCGCUACUCUGCGUCUUCUCAACAACCCUCUCACUCACGUGUUUCCCUUCACCUUCUCAAAUGUCAAUGGCACAGAACAGCUUCUCUUGGGCUCCAGAGAUGUGUCGGUUGAACUCCAUGUUGACACCUUCAGAGAACUGAACUUGCUGAAGGUUCUCCAGGUUGAGAACACAACAUUCCUCUCGCUCAGUCGUGCCCUUCUAGAGGGGAUGCCUUACCUGAAGGAACUGACUAUCCACGGACACAUCACCUCAGUUGAUUUUGACGCGUUUACAGCCACUCCAAACCUGGAGCACUUGGACCUAAGCCACUGCCACCUCAGUUGGUUAUCACUGGACGCGUUCUUCGGCCUGAAAAACUUGCGUUACUUAGAUCUAAGCAGCAAUAGCCUUGACGAGCUUGCCCCAGGAACGUUUGACCACUUGUCGAGUCUACGCGAACUGUACUUACACCAUAACAACCUCACAACUCUGCCUCUGGGGAUCUUCGUGCUUGUUCCGGCUAAACUGAUCCAGCUCCAACAAAAUCCGUGGCACUGCACUUGUGACCUGUUCCAGUUGAAACCAACCAUAACCAACAAGGUGAGACAGCCUGCAUACACAACCUGCAGGUGGGAGGAAACCCAGGGGACAGUCUGCACCAACGAGGACCCUGUCCGUCUGAGGUAUGACUCCAGGGUGGCUCCAAUUUGCACCUCUCCUCCCCAGCACGCUCACUUUGACAACGUCACCACCCGGAGGCUCAAGUGCCCCAAGCACUUCUUCGACCCAACCCCUCCCGUCCCAUCCCUCGCGAAGGAGGUCGCAGGACCUGAAAAGGAAGGCGAGGAACCCGAAGCCAUCAUCGUUUCCGAGGAAGAGCCGAACUGGCUUCCGCUGACCGCUUUCUCUGCGGCUCCUGAUGAGGUCAAGGACCUGCUGAGGAUUGCGGAGGAGGAGAUGCCCGAGGACGCCUACGCUCCCCUCACGGAGGAUGACUUUGAGGAGAUGGAGAGGGAGAGGGAGCACAUCAAAGAGGUCCAGCUCAAGUUAGAGGACACGGAGGAGAUGCGGCUGGAGCACAUGGACUCCAGGAGGAGGGUCGGGUUCCGGACUAAGUCGGACGACGAAGGCGACCAAGAAGAAGAAGAAGAAGAGGUAGAGGAAGAAGAAGAAGAGGAAGUGGAGAGCGUGAGCUUCGUGAGCCUGUCAGAUGGCCCGGAGGUGCCCCAGGGAGACGAGGCCAAGGCCUACCUCAGGUCAUUUGAGAAGGCGACGAUGAACCGGCAGAUGAGGAACUACCAGAGCUGGAAGGCGAAGGAGAAGGCGAGAUUGGAGGCAGAGAGGCAACAUCAGGCGAAGGAGAAGCAGCUGAGGAAGGUGACGUACAGGCGGAGACUGGCCGGGGAGAAGAGGCGGAUCAAGCAGCAGAUAGAGGCGGAGAGAAAGGUGAUGAGGGAGCGGAAGGCGCAGCAGUUACAGGAGUUCCUGCGACAGCAGACAAAUUAGUUUCGUAUUAGUCGACGAAUUAGUUUUGUAUUAGUCCUUGUUGUAAUUUAAUGGUGAUUUUUAUAGACUCUAGGAUCUUAAAAUGUUACGUUAGGGAAUAAAUAUUUGUUUUUUACUGAAUAAAAUACCGCAACAAUAUGCAAGCCUUGGAAGUGAAUUUAUAUAUUAAAAAAUGUGUAAUGUUUCUCAGUAUGUAAAUAUAAUGUUAGCAUGAUGACAUUUGAAAAUGAGUAAAUGCUUCUCAGUAAAUAUGUAAUGCUUCUCUUCUCAGUUACUUGCAGAAACUAAUCUUAUGAUAAGGACGUUAAAAAUGUGCAAUGUUUCUCAGCAAAUUGCAAAGAGAUUAAUCUACUUAAUGUCGUAAAAACAAGGAUUUUGAGAACCAAUGCUCACACGACACAUCCUGUUCACUCGCCAUUAAGAAUUUUCUGUCUUCCUAUGUGUUUCUGGACUCAGACUUCAUUAUUGAUUACUAUUAUUAGAAUUAGAUAACAAAAUUGAUAACUCAUAUAGGUACAAAAAUAAGCAUAUGUGAUUGUCUAGUUUAUUUGUAUACAAGUUAUUAGUAUUUAUGUUUUUUUUUUUAAGAAUUUAGAGUACAUAACACAUACAAUCUCUCUCUCUCUCUCUCUCUCUCUCUCUCUCUCUCUCUCGCUCUCUCUCUCUCUAUAUAUAUAUAUAUAUAUAUAUAUAUAUAUAUAAAUUAUAACUAUAUUUCAUGAUAUGACUUAUUAUAAAUAUGGCAUUCAACAGUUGUGAUAUGACAUUGAUAUGAAGAAAAAAAAAUGCAAAAUGAAAUAUGACGUUGGUAUAUUUUAUCAUGCUCUAUAAAAUAGAAAAUUUUGACCUAUACUGACUUGCAAUAUAAUGUAUGACUGAAAGAUUUAACUGGUAUUAUAUGACAUUUCACAGAAACAUGACAUUAAAAACGAGACGGUUCAUGAAUAAGCAAAAAAUAUAUAUGUCAUGUAUAUGUAUAUUUAUGACUGGUUAAAUAACGUGCAAUAGAAGGUAUGAAAUGUUCAAGGCAUGUAGGAAAAUAUGACAUGGACCUUAAUGUAUCAUAUUCUACAUUCCUCUGAAAACACAUUUUAAUGAAAAUUAUUUUUUAAAAAAAUAUAUGUAAAUUAAAGUAUAACAUGUUAAGGGACAGUAUUAAAAUUAUAUUGUAAUAAGUUACAUAGCACUGAAAUUACAACGGGAAAUUUGAAUUGUAUAAAUAAUUAACACAUUUUGAAUAAUUUACCUUAGUCCUUUUUUAUAUACUCUCUCUCUCUCUCUCUCUCUCUCUCUCUCUCUCUCUCUCUCUCUCUCUCUCUCUCUCUCUCUCUCUCUCUCUCUCUCAGAAACUACCAAUCAUGACUAGGCAUCUGAUACAAGUUGAUAAUUACGCAUAAUAAUAAAUAUAUUUAUGGCAACUGUUUUAUGUGUUUAGUUUAAGCUUUACUAAUAAAAACAAUUAUAACCAGUGA